AUGGCGAACUCCAAUAGAUGUAACCCGUCGUCGCUCAGUGGCUACACAUCCAGCCGCAAGCUCGGCAACGGCCUUGUGCUUCACUGGAAAGCCACGUCGGGCAAGAGGUUGCGGGUGGCGGUGGUGGCGCGCGCGGGGACAGAGGCGGCGGCGGCGGGGUGGUUCGCCGUGGGGUGGUCCCCGAAGGGGGGCAUGGACGGGAGUAACGUGGUCGCGCGCGAGGCGGACAGCGCGCCCAUCGCGUACGACCUGAGCGGAAACGAGGACGCGACGGAAGCGCGCACGUGGGUGGCGCAGGACGCUUCGGUAGAGCACACGGAUAGAGGGAUUAUUAUGAGGUUCACGCGCACCAAGGGCGACGGGUCAUCAGUGGGCAUCAAGACGUGGGAGGGCUUUAACUACAUCGUGUUCGCCUAUGGCAUGGGCACCACCAUCGGGGACCACCAGUACAGGAACACGAUGCUCAUUGACUUUACGUGUGGCUGUGGCUUGCUGCGCUUCCGCUGCUGA